AUGUUUAUGAAACGGAACCCAAAUAUUUCAAUCCGCAAAGCUCAACUUAUGAACCCAGCUAGGGCGCAAAAACUGAACAAGCUCAUAGUGCAGCAUCACUUUCAAGAAAUAAAGAAAUUGUACGAUGAACUCGACAUCCCCAAUCACCCAGAAAGAUUAUAUAAUAUUGACGAAAAAGGCUGCAGGCUAACUAUCCAUCACCAGCAAAAGGUUUUAGCUGAAAAAGGCAAUCGCAGAGUUCAUAUGGUAGCACAAGAACAUGCGGAAAAUGUUACAAUUGCUGUUUGUGUUAGUGCUGCAGGAAAUAGUAUUCCUCCGAUGAUACUUUACAAGGGUAUACGACUUAAACAGGAAUUCACAGACAAUUUACCUCCUGGGACACUGGUGAAAAUGGCACCUAAAGGUAGCAUGACGAGCUCAUUGUUCGUUAGUUUUAUAGAACAUCUGGGAAAAUUCAAAACCCCGGGAAAAUGUCUGCUGAUAUAG